AAAUAAAUCAUUAUUGUUGGCGUAAUAUAUUGUUAUUAUACCUGAAAGCGAAUUAUAAAAUCGCACGUACAUUUCAACCUACCUAUAAAAUCACACAUUGUAAAAUCAUUAUUGUUAGUGUAAAUAUUCACUAUGAUUACAGUGGGCGAUGUCUCAUAUUCUAUUUCUCCAUUUGAUCAUUCAUCAUCUUCCUCUCAACAGGGGAAAGAUAUCUUGAGGACACUAAUGCAAAAUCCUGGUUUGAAACGUGUUUCUCUUGCAUUUGAUUACACCCCGGGAGGUCUAUUUUCUCUUACCAAUAAUGGUGGUUUCUUGAUUACACCACAAACUAAAUCAGUCUUUAUUCUUCAAAAAGAGUAUGCCACUGUCGAUCCUUCAUUUGUUGACGUGGUUGGCACUCACGGUAUGUCAACCUGUGUAGGUCUCAUCAUUCAAAACCCUAAAAGUGGAAAGAUAUCUGUUGCUCAUAUAGAUGUGCUAGGUGUUAUUGAGCUUGGGAUAAACCAAAUGUUGUCUUCCGUUGAUGAUCAAGAUAUCAAUGACAUGACCAAUUUGAAUGUGCAUUUAAUUGGUGGUUACAAUGAUGAACCAGAGUGGGCAAAUCAUGAAGAUCAGGAAAAGCGAGAAGGAGUGUCUUUCCCCAUUUGUUCCAAGAUAAUUGAAGUUCUGUGCAAGAGCACCAAAACUUUCCAUCUUCGAACUUUGCAUGUUCUUGAUCACAACACAAUAUAUGAUGGACAAGGAAUAGGACACCCCAAAUUUGGAGGUUUUCUGGUUGAAACUGGGGUUGGGUCAAUAUUUCCGGCCAAGUUUGAUGAAACCACAAAAGGUCCAGAUGAAAUGGUUAGAGAAAUUCGGAGACUAUGUUGCGAUAAUGACCCAAGGUGGGAGGGUAGGUUGCUCGACACUUAUGAUAAUCUAUCAGACCACUAUGUUAUUGCUCCUUGCUCUUGGGGAAUUAAGGGAGCAGAAGGAUUUGGAUGGUUUUUGAGUCUAUCUGAUCGAGAGUUUGCCGAUAACUAUUAUUUCACACCUCCAGCUGUCUUGAAUCUUAACGAAAUCAAUUAUUUAAGAGGAAUAUUUGGCUAUAUUUUCAACAACCCGGAAUGGAAAAAAACAUUUCCAAGCGGACGCCCUCGAGUAUUUGCAAGAACCGAUUGUGGGGGUUGGAAACAAAAAGAAGAAGAAAUGUCCCAAAUAUUUAAGAGAUCCGUCAAUUAGAUGGAAAAGGAUGUACCAUGAUAUAGCCUAAUAAGAUUUACUUUCAUUUUCUGUCACAAAAAUAAUAAUUUACUUGCUGAAGAAUCUCA